AUGUUUUCCAGCCCCUUGAACCGUAAUCGACGAACAACCACCGAAGUUGCUGGUUUGUCGGCUCCCAAAGAAGUUUCUGUGCCUCGACGUGAUACAAGCACGAUAGAGGAUCCAGUGGAAGAAUUUCAUUAUUUAUUGGAUCGCCUCGGCUGUCUCAUUGAAAUUUCCAAGGAGGUUUACGAGGAUCAAUCGUUAUUAUCAAAGACGGCGUCGCCCGAAAAAACGUCUUUGGGUUUCUUUCGCCGGAACCGAAAGGGCAACAAGGCGGAGAAGGUCCCCAGCAAUGAGGAAAAAGACACGGCCACUACUACUAGUAGUAGUAAGGAGGAAAAGCCCGGUAAAGAGAAAGAGCAGGACGGUGACAAGGCUGAGACAGACGCUGAACAAGGCAUUGGUGAAGCCACUACCAGUUCGGCUAGUAGUGACAACAACAGCAUCAACAACAACAACAAUGCCGUCGAAAAGAAACCCGCUGCUUCAACGAAACCAGCACUUUCUGUUAUCACGAGUACCACCAGUACACCUAUCAAGGAAACAAUAGGGUUCGAUGGAAAAACAACACCAAAAUCACCGGCAACACCACCCACCGGCAUUACGUCGCCAAGGGGCACAUCCAACAGUAAUAACAAGAGUGACCCCAGUUUCAUUCCCAUUGUAGAAGAAGAGGAAUGCAUCGAGAUCAUUCGAAGAGUUGCGGAACUCGUCGUCAUUAGCGAGAGAGUGGUCACCAAUCAGAUGGAAAAGGAUGACAAGCUCAAGAAUCAACAGCGGAAACGAGGCUGGGGAAGCAACAUUAUAGAUGACGACGAGGAGGAGAUCAAUCCAACUGUGGAAAAUGUAGAAGCGGGCAGUGAAGCAUACUCGCCCAUCUUUGACCUGUUCUUUGAACGAAAUGGAAUGGGCAUGUUAUCGGAUAUACUCCUGGGAAACGUGUUCAAGCUCUACGCGGACGAACCUGCCACGGUUCCCAAUCUAGUCACUGACAACCCUAAUUCGGGAGAGGGAGAAGGAGUGUUGGCGGCAGAGCAAAAAGAGGAAUUGUCGAAAUCCGCUGCUGAAUCCACCAAAUCAUCGGACCAAGCAAAGGAGCAACGGGAGCCGCCUGCGUCGUCAUUGGGCAAGACGCCGCCAAGCGCAUCCACCAAAAGGCUGCUGCCUAGUUUGAAGGUUGCAACUCAAGCCGUACAAAGCGUUUCCAUUCUUAUCCAAAACGUUUCGAGAGCAACGUCUCUCUACUUUGUGCUCUCCAACAACUAUGUCAACGCCCUCGUCGAUCUGCCGCUGGAUUUGUACACAGCCGCAGAGUUGAAGAAGGAAAUCAUCAGUGGCAAUGCGGAUCCAAUGACCAGGUUGAAGACGUACAGUACUCCCGAUCUGGCAGAACUAACAACGCACUUUAUUACUUUUUUGAAGAGCCUGGCUAUGCGAAUGAACACCGAAACGCUGCAGUUUUACCUCAAGUAUCCAACUCCAGUUAUGGAUCAACAAGAUACAGAAGCUGACGAAGAAACUAGAGCCAGAGCCAUUGAGUUUCCCUUGUACGCAAGAGCCCUGGACUUUUGCGCGGCUCACCAUGAUUCCUUUGUGCGGGUCACAGCCAUGAACAUUUGUCUCAAUACUUUGAGGCUCACCACGGUUUCACCAGAGGGAGAAGAGGAUGAUACCAAAGCGGAUGCGGUUGGAUCUUCGCCGGAUGGCGUGCUUCAUAAUGCCAAUCCACUGCCUUUCCGAGAGCGAUUAGCAAUUGCAACCCAUACAUGUGCUCCUUCCCGUGUGGAUCGCCUGGCUACGCCCAUUAUCACAAAGCUUUCAAACAUCUGGUGUUUGCUCCAGGAAAAAUUCUUGGACCUGGACACUCACCCAGAAGGCGACAACAAACAUCAUGUGAAUAAUAAGAAGGGAACGUCACCACACAUCGAUCCAAUCAAAGAGCGCGAGCGAAAGCACAAUGCGUUCAAAGAUGCCGCUAACACACUUCAGGACCAGUUUCUCUUGCUGGACGACCUUCUGAAGGUCGGGCUCACGGCGUUGAAUGAGCAAAUCAUUGAAAUGAUGUUCGCUACGUUUGUCUAUCCGUUGCUCCUGCAACCCCUACUGGUGUACUACCAACGAUUGGCAACUGACGCAGACGAAACGCUUCCCCUGGCUGAUCCAUUUGCACGACCAACCGAUUUCCGGACGAAAACUGUGGACUUUAGUCUCGUGGGACGGGCCCCACCUCAUGUGACGGCACCUGCAAAAACUGCCCUCUUUACUCUCGCUGAUGCCUCGGGUGAGACUGUGAUUAACGCUGAAGGAUGUGUAACAACCGUAAGCGCAAACGGAAAGAAGAGAAUCAGAAUCGACACGGAUGAUGGGGACGACCGAAAAACAUAUGUUUUUGGAGGCAUGGAACAGGCGUCGUCGACAAUUGAGCAUGACGAGGAAGAGAGUUGUGUUUUCGUGCUGUCGCCAGCACUGGCACAAGUUCUCAAGUGUAUUGGAGGCGGUUCCUCGACAAAGACGAGACCCAAUCCGUACCGCCGCGCGAUCCUGCAAUGCCUGGAAGUGCCACAUCACAUGUCUGAUUUUAGGAAGCUUUCAUUCAACACAGUGGACGCUGCAUUCUCUGUUUUCGACGGGGAGUUCUUGAAGCAAACACUGCUUGGAGCUGAAUUUGUGGAUGCCAAGGAGGGCAGCGAUUGCGACCCAGUCAGAUUGAGGAACGAGGUCGUGGCUGCCUUGUGUGAAGGGUUGGUAAAUGGAAAGCCAGGUCCUUUUGGGACGUGGAAGUUGCAGUUUGACAUGGUUGCAGCCCAUGCUUUGCUGGCCGCAAUCUGGAAAAGCCCCGAGGCAAUCAAGGCUGCCGCUGAGAUCGUCGCUGUGAGGUUCCGGAAAGGAGCUUUGUUGCUCUCCAAAAUUCCUGCUCUUAUUCCUACUACUCAGCACUUGGGAAGCAUUAUGAAUCUCGUCUUCUACGAGGCGGCAAGUAAGCGGAGAAAGCCUACCUACACUGAGCUUUAUUCGUUGAAGGACACGUCUCCAGAGAGUUUCUCCACUGCCAUUUCGUCAGCGUCGACGUUUCGGAGUUUGACCAAUCGUUCAUUUGAAGCACCUCCGUCUUCCAUUCACAUCAACAAGUUUACAGAGCACACAGCAAUGGAUUUGGGUUCGAGCAGCUGUCGAGCCAUUCUGAAGCUAGAGGCAUUGUCUACCUUCUUGAAAAGAAUAUCGGGAGAUGACAGUGCCCAAAUAGAAGGAACCAGUCCGUCUGGAUUUGCUUUCACCCUUGACCGGGGAGUCGUCAGCACCAAGGAGUGUCACAUUGAUGAGUUGACACGGAGCAUUCAUUCAUAUCUCUCCCCCACGUUUUGUGCUGCCUUAACGGGCGCCGAAAGCGACAAGUCUGCAGAUCGCCCAAUUCCCGGAACCACCGUGCCCCUGGCAGGCCGCAGCGCUAUGCCUUGCGUGUGCGAAGCGCCAGCGAACUCUGGUAUCUCUGACAACGGUGCGAAAAUGGUUGUUGAAGGGGUCACAUGGCAAUCACUAUAUUUGGCCUUCUUCGGCUCCUAUUUGGUGCUUGCCGAGCCAGCAGCAGGAAGUGCCGGCAGUGGCCGUGUCGUGAGCUGCUUUCCCUUGAGCAGGGUCACAAUAGCGCGAGACCCCAACCCCCCAGCCGACCCCAACUCUCCUGCUCGACGACUUUUGAUGGCAUACAAAUGGUUUGAUACAAAAUCGCCCAGUCUUUUUGUCUACGAUGAAAUCCCGCGAAUUGAUGAACAUGGUCCAUUCAACAAAGUGCGGCUCUGGCGCUGCAAGCUGGAUGUCUGGUUUGAAGAUGAAGACUCUGCUGCGCACGCUUACCACUCUAUUCAUUUUCAGAUUGACAAAGCGAAAACUUUGAGAGGUGACGAAAUAUUGGACUUUCUAACCCAAACGGAUUGA